ACAGAUAGAUGGAUAGAGAUUUUGAUUUUUUUUUUUUUUCUUAUCGAGGAGCACUCAGAGAUGUCUACAGGAGAGGAGCUGGAGGAGGUUUUUGGGAAACCGUCUGGAGGCAGGAGGAGGUCCCGGGCUUCACAGAGGAGGCAGGACUUGUUUGGCUCUGCGGUGCGCCCCGACACCAGAGGUCCGCUUUAAUACCAGAGCAGGAGGGGAGGCAGGUCGAGAGAGAGAGAGACGCAGAGAGAGAGAGAGAGACUGCAGUCCACCCCUCCGCCUCUGACAGUCGGCGUCGAGCAUCCAUGUGCCAAACGGACCUUUGGAUACGAGUCGACUCCUCUCGCUCAGGAGACUGGAGAUCUGCCGCAGACCCGAGCCGCUGUGAAACGGUCUCAUCGGCACGUGGAUGUUUUUCCUGAGCUCGCAUCACCUCGGACACUUUGGUCGGACACUGCCGGACUGGAGAGAAGUCCAUUUUCGAACCCGCCUCCCUCCUCCGCCCUCCCGGGAUUCUCCUGUCAGCGGGACCAGGGACUGGUCGAUCGGCGGACCCCUGCGCCACACGCGCAGCGCCGCCGUCUCCUGCCCGUCGGCGCGUCUUUUUCCAUUUGAAUGCCGCUCUGAGCGAACUCUCCCGGAUGGAAUAAGGGACACGAGUCGGCUAGACGUGCAUCCGUUUCACCCCCCCCCCUCACUGGAUUGAUUUUAUUUAUUCCUCAGAAACUCUUUGAUACUUUUUCCCCCUUCCCGGUUCAAACCCGAGGAUGUUGCUCCGCUGCCCGAACCCUUCCUCCUGGUCCACCUGUAGGGUUCUCUUCUGUUUUCUCCUGGUGCUCCAAACACCCCGGUCUUCCUCGCCGCUAAUUACAGGUACCGAGGCCAGCUGCGACAACGAAGGCGAGGUCCUCCACAUCCCCAACAUCACCGACAACCCCUGCAUCACCUGCGUCUGCCUGGAAGGGAAGGCCGACUGUAAACAGGAGAAAUGUCCGCUGGUGUCUGAAGACUGUGCUCUGGUGGUGAAACAGACUGGAGCCUGCUGUGAGAGGUGUAAAGGUUGCAUGUUGGACGGACGAUCCUACAACAGCUCUGUAUCCUGGACCUCGUCCUCCAAACCCUGCGUAACGCGAAGAUGUCAGGAAGGUGUCGUCACCGAGGCAGAUGUGCAGUGUGUCGUCCACUGCAAGAAUCCCAAAAUCCACCCGAAGAAGUGCUGCCCCACCUGCCCCACUUGUAUAUUUGAGGGUCGUCUGUACAAAGAGAAGGAGGAGUUCAGUCCAGAGGGCAAACCCUGCAUCAAGUGCAUCUGCACUGGAGGGCGGACUCUCUGCAUGAGGGAGGUGUGUCCUGUCCUCUCCUGCCCCGCCCACCUCAGCCACACCCCGCCCGGACAGUGCUGUCCCAGAUGUCUCGGUCAGAGGAAGGUGUUUGAUCUGUCUUUAGGAAGCUGUCUGUUCCACAGUGAGGUCUAUGAGAACGGCACUUCCUUCAUACAUGACAACUGCACCACCUGCACCUGCAAGGAUUCAACAGUGGUGUGCAAGAGGCGGUGCUCACGCCCGGGGAGUUGCCAGGGCAACCAGUGUUGUGAGGAGUGUUUGUCCUACGUGAAGGUGGAGGAGGUGAAGUACUGCAGAGUCCGCAACAAGAUAUACAGGGAAGGAGACAUGUGGUCGUCGGUGAACUGCACUCUCUGCGCCUGUGUUAAAGGAAGCAUCGAGUGUCGGCCCAAACAGUGUGUCCCAAUCACCAGCUGCCCGUCGAAUAAGAUCCUGAACAGAACCGGCUGCUGUCCAGUUUGCACUGAAAAGCCGGGUGUGUGCACAGUGUUUGGGGACCCUCACUACAACACCUUCGACGGCAGGACUUUCAACUUCCAGGGAACGUGUCAGUACGUUCUGACUCGGGACUGUGGCGGCGUCCCCUCCGCUAGCCCAGGAAGUCACGUCAACAUCAACAGCCCGGACUCCAGCUUCACGGUGUUGGUGAAGAAUGACGCCCGGCGGACUCGCUCUUUCUCCUGGACUCAGUCUGUCGAGGUGAGGCUGGGAGGUCUGAGCCUCAGCCUGCACCAGCACCUGACGGUGCGGAGGAACGGCACCCGCAUCGCGCUGCCCUACCACGGCCCCGGGGUCCACAUCGACCUGGAUGGAUAUCUCCUCAAACUCACCACCAUAGCAGGCCUGGAGAUCACGUGGGACGGCGACAGUUUCGUGGAGGUUGUAGCCGCCCCCCACCUGCGCGGACGCCUCUGCGGCCUCUGCGGCAACUACAAUGGCCACAAGCGCGACGACACCAUGGGAGGUGACGGCCAGUUCAAGUUCGACGUGGAUGAGUUCGCCGAGUCGUGGCGAGUGGAGGGAAAUGAGGUCUGCACCCAGCAGCCCCCGCCUCGCCGGCCGGCCUCCUUCCUGUGUCCCGGCAGCGUCAAAGUCAAGUUCCGCGCUCACCGGGAGUGCCAGAAGAUAAAGUCGUGGGAGUUUCAGAAGUGCCACCGUGUGGUCGACUUCGGCCCUUUUUACAGGUCGUGUGUGACGGACAUGUGUGAAUGUCCGGUCCAUAAAAACUGCUACUGCGAGUCCUUCAUCGCCUACAGCCGAGCCUGCGAGAGGGAGGGCGUGCCCGUCGUCUGGAGGCCCGACACCGCCUGUAUGGCAACCCAGUGUAAACACGGCGCCGUGUACGACACCUGCGGCCCGGGCUGCACCAAAACAUGCGACAACUGGAACGAGAUUGGGCCGUGCCACAAGCCGUGCGUUGCCGGCUGCCACUGUCCCGCCAACCUGGUGCUGUUCCAGGGACGCUGCAUCAAACCCAUAUCCUGCCCUGGACGGUGACCCUUGUGAGCCCGGGUGGGAGGGGGGCGGCGGGUUAGAUUAGGGGGAGGGUCACUUGGUUUCAAAACUAUAUGUGGGCCAAACUUGGUGAGAAGAGUUAGGGAGGACGCUGAAGGGUCCGGAGUUGACAGACCAGAUGUCACAAGGUUCUCGUGGCGAUGCAGUGGAGGGAAACUUUGUGGAUGGGAGGCUGAUCCUCGUCACUGCAUCCAGCUUCUCGCCUUUUUGUUCCUCUUGCGAUAUCAUGCACUGUUACGAUACCAGUCACCACCACAGGAGGGAGUUCAGCCUUGGUAGAGAAAGAACUCAACUCCCAAGAGAAAACAAGGGACCCUGUUUUGGAGAUUUUUACAAUGUCCAUGAUCUGAGGAAGGUUCGACAUGUGACCAUGGACCCUCAGGAAGCAAUCGGGGCCAGUGGACUCCGUUUAGAGCCAACAUGGCGCCUGAGUUUCUCCCAUGAACACUCUGAAGUGGGAAAAGUGAGCAUCUGCAUUUGGAAUAGGGAGAAACUGUCUGAUGCAUCUGUCCUUGUGAUCAUCAUUUCAUACUGUAAGCUAACCAGAUUUAUAUGAGAGACAGACAGCCUUUAUAUUAUUAUUGUUCUAAUUAUUAUUAUUAUUUGUUGUUGAUGUUGUUAAUUUAUAUAUCAGUCAAAUGACGUGUUGUAGCAAGAGCCAGAAUCAUGAAUAUAAUUGAGUUAUAAAUGAUUUAAAGGGAAACAGAAGCUAUUUAUGUAUUUCUAGUGUACUGUUGUGUUACUGUUUGAAGAGAAAUGCCCAAAUGUGACUCAGUUGUUGCACCACCGCAGGGAAAAAGUACUGUAUUGUGUUUUGCUCCGUGUACAGGUUGUUGUUGUGGUUCGUAUCAAACUGAAGGUGCUCAACUAAGCAUAUGUUUCACUUGACAACAAUUAUUUAAGACCAGCAAUAUAAUCUUUUAUCAAAGUAAAUCUUUUUGACUACUGUCUUUUCUCUUUCGUGUCUUGAAACCUGUGAUAAUGGAGAGGAGAACGUCUGAGCAGAAGGUUGCUGGUUCAAAUCCCCAAGACAGCAACUGUGGUUUCGCAGGCAGCAAAGACAAAUGUCAUUCUCUCAAACAAAGUUACGUUUAUUUGGCCCUUUUCUCCUUUUCUUUGCUUCUGCCUUAGGAAAUACUGCUCUCAGCUGAGACUUGCAGCCUGUGACAAGGGUUUGAAAAUAGAGUCUGACCGAUAUGGAUUUUUGGGGCCGAUACUGAUUAUUAAGGAAUAA